AAGAGAAGCUACCAUAUACGAACCCAUUAGGCCCGUUUGUUCUCCCGUAGUGUGAUAGAUCACUUUCAUUUGAACCAAACCAGAACCGCUCUCACCGGAACUCAGCCACAGACACGGAUUCCACCACCGCACACACCGCCCCAAAAAAGAAAUUGAGAUGAUUGGAAGAGUGAGGAAGGUUUCAGGUCGUGGAGAACCAGUUGCAGCAAAUUAUGCAUUUGGUCCUUCUGUAGAUGAUGUAAUAAUCAAACACAGGCUUUUAACCCGUACAACAACAACUAGAGGUGAACCUCCAUUGAAAAAGCUUCAGAAAAAGUUCACAUCUUUUGUAUCUGAGGUUGAUAAAGAUGAAGAUAACUACAAUGAUUGUGAAAAGCUUGCAAGAGCUUUUUUGCAAGAGCUAACUACUUUUGAGAUUCCUCUUUUGAAGAGUAAAGCAAUUGUUGAAGCUAAUGUUAGGGAGAAGGAUAAUUUCAAUGAGUUGAAAGAUGAAAUGAAUCGACAGAUUUUGCAGGCGCAGGUUGAUAUUGAGGAUCUCAAGAAACAAUUGGAAGAGAGUAAGGUUGAGAGAAGACAUAAGGAGGAGUGUGAGUCUAUUAGGAAAUUGAUUGCUAUGCAGCCGCCGAGAUCUGAGACGCAGAAGGUUUUGACAGAGUUGGAGAAAGAAAUUGCAGCGUUAGAUGCUGAGAAUACUGCUGGUUCGAGAUUGUUGGAGCUUAGGAAGAAGCAGUUUUCGCUUUUGUUGCAUGUGGUGGAUGAGUUGCAGAAUACAAUAGAGGAAGACCAGAAGAGUCUAGUUGAGGAGAUGAGAAUAGCAACUGAGGAGCUUAAGCAUGGGAUGGAGGACGCAAGUGGGGUGCCGGAUGCAAUGGCAGUUGACCAUUAACUAGAUUGAAAGUCUCAUUGUUGUAGCAUCUCAGACUUGCACUUCAUUUUUGGCGCUUUCUUAUUGUGAUUAGGAACCAUAUAUGUAAAUGAAAUAUCAAUGUUAUUGUGCUAGUGCUUAGAACUUUGUAAAACUUGCAUUUUGAUCGGAGUUUUCUAUGAAAUUGUGUAACAACAUUGUUGGCUCUUUCA